CCGUAGCAAGCCCUUCGACAGCGGCCAGCCAUCUUCCGACUCCCGAUAUGCCCCCCGCUCCCUUCUGCCCUCCUGGGCAUGUGAUUUUGCUCCUACACUGGAUCGUCAAUAAGGAGAAUAUCAAGACGUGGUGGCACCUCAAGUUGCCCCUGGACAUACUGGAACGUAACUGCAAGCCUCCCGUCCUGUUCCUCAAGUUAUUUGCGGUCUACAUCCCAAGUAUCGCAACGUGCGACAUCGUCUAUCAUGCGACAGGGAUUGGGUGCCCGCCGGACCUCGACCUUGUGGAGGGCUCUAUCUUUCGGGUCGUGGACAACCCCACGGAUGGACAUUCAACAUGGCCUCCUGUGGCCCUCGAUAGCAGCACCAACCUCCCCGACAUGGACGCCAUCAACCGACGUUCGUCGAUGCAUACCUCGGCCGAGAGCGAGGCCCGAUCUAAGCCAUUUGUGGAUGCCAUCCAGCGGCGCGACACCGAGUGCAUUUUCACCGGUGUACCGGCUAUGGGCUGUCAAGUCCAGCACAUCGUACGUUUUCAUUUUGGCGAGAGAAUCCAAGAGCUGGUUGCGCGCACGCUGCCGGAACCUCUGGACCACGACGAAGACGGCAACAAUAUAGCGAGCAUCAACGACCCCCGCAACGGCGCCCUCGUGAACACCUUGUUUCACACGUUGUUUGACGACCAUUUCCUCACCAUCAUGCCUACGCCCAAUCGUGUCAUCACAACGGACAACAUUCCAUGGCGGGAACGAGAUCUUUCUACUCAGUAUCCCGAUAUGGAGUAUCCCGCGGAACAGCAGUUCGCUGCGCAGUGGGUGUUACCCGGUGCUGAGCUCAACCGAUACGUAAUGAGCACAAGCAUCCAGAACAACACCAAGGCUGCCUUUGCCCGAGUGCCACCUGGAAGCAAUGUGGACCCCGUCCCGCUCCCCAGCAUGCGCCUCUGCAUUGUCCACCUCGUAUGCGUUUACCUCGAGAAGUUCGGCUACGGCAAUCCCUCAAUCUCGUAUCCGUACCCCGAAUAUCAUCCACCUGAGGAUGGUACCUUCGACCCAUCUCCGGCAUCCCAGGACGGCCCUGGCACGGGACCCGGUUACGGUGGACCGAUGACGAGGUCCAGGGCAAGGCCCGGUACUGUGCUUCCGGGCCCGACCAAUCCACACUAUGGAGCGAACCAGUUGAGCUCGUCUGCCGAGGAUGGGCCAGGCCUAGAACCCUUUUACAAUAUCCUACUCGCAGUCAGCGGUGCGGCUCGUAGGCAUAAGGCGGAGGUGUUGGGGCGCAUCUGUCACUGGCAGCAAGAGGUGGCAAGUGUCGAGGGUGUGGAAGCGGUCUAGUCUUGGAGUGACUCCACCGAAGGUGUCGAGCUCUCGAGCGAUUGUACUAAAGUCUGUUGCUUUAUGGAGACUAUCCCCUUACUGUACAGAGAGUACCUGAAAAUGUAGCCAUGUACCCC